AUGGGUGAUCUAAAGGAAAUAUAUCCUCCAUCGCGUAAUCAACAUCAAACUGCAUCAAUAUCUAAUGAUCAUUGGGUUCCUGUGACACAUAAUCGAUUGAGUACACGCUUGAAAAUUUUGCUUGGUGCCUCUGCAGUGAUUUGUAUAGUUAUGUUCCUCAUCGCACUACUUGUACCCAUACUUAUCAAAGGCAAAUCAACAUCCUUUACUACUACUGCCACCACUACAACCACAACCACUCAAACUACAUCAACAUCCAUGACAACAACAUCAUCAACAACUUCGACCACAACAAAGUCUACAACAUCCACAUCCUCAACCACCGCGACUUCGACGUCGACAACCACUACAACAUCAUCUUCAACGUCAACCACAUCAUCAUCAACAACAACAACAUC